UUAUAUCUUUCGUCUGACAACACAGCAGUUUUGCUCAAUCAACGCUGCAGCGAGUAGCGGGGUUCGUGUGUAGAAUUUGUCAUUCGUACAAAUUUAGAUAACAAAAUCACGAAAUUAGGUGAAAACGUUGUGAUCGAAUAUAAAUAACGGCAGUUAAUUUCGUUUUGGUGUGUAAUAUAGACAGUGUCGUUCUAAACCCUGUGCUAUUGUGUGAAAAAAGUGGUAAAACACGAAUGCUUAAUCUCGAAAGUGUUACAAAAUGAGUAAUUUCGCGAAAAUUGUCAAAACUACGCCGAUUACAGAUGAUUACGACAUCUCAAAUACAGUCCUCGGCCUUGGGAUCAAUGGAAAGGUUCUAGAAUGCAAAGAGAAGAAGUCCGGCUUGAAGCGAGCGCUGAAGGUGCUACACGACAGCGUGAAAGCGAGAAGAGAAGUUGAACUACACUGGAGAGCUAGUGGAUGCAAACACAUAGUGGAGGUUAUCGAUGUAUACGAGAACGCUUACGGCGGCAAGACCUGUCUUCUAGUCGUGAUGGAAUGUAUGGACGGUGGCGAGCUGUUCCAGAGGAUCCAGGAUAACAGGGACGGUGCCUUCACGGAGAGACAGGCCGCAGAGAUAAUGCACUCGAUCUGUGUUGCCGUGAGGCACCUACACGACACGAACAUCGCCCACCGAGACAUCAAACCCGAGAACCUCUUGUACUCAAGCAUGGAGCCGAAUGCGGUGCUCAAGCUCACGGACUUUGGUUUCGCUAAGGAGACCUUAUCGCCGGCAGACACUCUCCAGACCCCAUGCUACACGCCCUACUACGUCGCGCCCGAGGUCUUGGGCCCGGAGAAGUACGACAAGUCCUGCGACAUCUGGUCCCUGGGCGUCGUGAUGUAUAUACUGCUGUGCGGAUUCCCACCGUUCUACUCCAACCAUGGUCUCGCCAUAUCGCCUGGCAUGAAAAAGCGAAUCCGUCUGGGCCAAUACGAUUUUCCUGAUCCGGAAUGGUCGAGCGUUUCAUCGGAAGCGAAGAAUCUCAUCCGGGGAAUGCUCUCCGUCGAUCCAGCCAAGAGGAUGACCAUACAGCAAGUAAUGUCCAGUCCCUGGGUGCGGCAGUACACCCAGGUCCCGCAGACGCCCCUCUACACGAACACGCUGCUGCGUGAGGCCGGAGACGCGUGGCCCGACGUCCAGGAUGAGAUGACCCGCUCCCUCGCCACCAUGAGGGUAGACUACGACCAGGUACAGGUGCAAAUAAAAGCUUUGGAGCAAAGCAAUAAUUCGUUGUUGAACAAACGCCGCAACAAGGUCGGAGCUUGACCGAUCUGACGCAUCGGACUUUCGACAAAGACUUUAAACAAUAAACUAACUAACCGGCCGUUCGUAAAUACAUAUAAAGUUUGAUGUGGAGUUUGUGUAUUACGCGACACGACCCCGCGUUCUGGUGGGGUGCCCUCACAUGCGAUCCCUAGAGGAUCCCCUGGUCUUCAACUGGUCCCCUGUCCAGGGGUCUCCUCGGUGCUACUUCAGACCAAACUCUUCAGCUUGGACGUCCAAACAAUGCUUUAAAGCACAACUUCCGUGACGGUAGUCAAACAAAAAGCGAAUGUGAACCGUAUAGUCAUAGAGUGAGCGUUGCUAAUCGCGUGUGUCAAUAGCAAAGUCUUCGAUAGGAACAAUAUGAAAUUUCCUCUAGGUUUUUUUUUGUUAAUAUAAUUUUUAAUAUAUAAUAUGGUUGUUGUAAUAUAUAAAUGUUUACAUUAACGAGAUGACACAACAAAACGUCUCGUCCUAAAUCAGUUUCAAACAAUCCUAAGUUGAUUUUUUUAAUUGAAGACAUGAGUGGAUGAAAGGGUUAACCAUUACAAUUUUUAAGAUUUUUGAGUUUUUACAUUGAACGAAGGUGUUAUGUGCCUAUAAACCAAUUUAAACCUUAAAACUGCGGGCUUAAAGGCUAUUUUUAGAAAUUGCAUGUGAUGAAGGAUCUGUUUGCGAAGAAAAGUACAAGUAGCAAAAGCUUGUUGCCCGUUUUCUCAAUAUUAACAAAUUGUAUCAUAUCACCUUCAUCCACUCAUGUCUUCGAUCACUUGUUAAUUGAAAGAGAAAUGCUUUAACAAACUAUAAACAUACAUAUCGAGGGGUGAAAGGCGGCUUAAGGGUGGCCUAAGCGACAUUUUUGCAAUUUCACAGGAGAGCCAUGUAAAGUUUAAAAUUUAGAAGAAAGAAAAUCAUAACAAAAAAAUUCCUUGGGCUAUUUAAAUGGAGUAAUAUUAAUUGAAGUUCAAUUAGAAGCAUCGAAUUGCUAAUGAUAAUACCAAAUACAAAGUACCUUUAAUUACAAAGAUAAAUGUCGCGUGUUAAGCGAAAUGACGCUUAAAUCAAGUAUAUAGCCUUUCCCCUUCGAUAUCAUUAUCUUUAAUUUGGUCUACGAUUUUAAAUGAAUCCCUUAAGAAAUCUUAACCCAAAAACCCUUCUAAUUGGCUCGUCCUUAUCGCUAAAACCAUUCUUUAUUCUAUACAUAGAUGUAUAGAAUUAUACAUCUAUGUAAUGGAAUUUUUGUACGCCAUUUUCAUCGACUUGAAGACGUCUGAUAUAAUUGAGAUACAUGAGAUAUAAUUGAGAACAAAUCACGCACGGUCAUCCGGCUCAAAAUUAGGAUUCUCUGUGAUGUGGGUGCCAGAAUCUGACACACAUAUGUACUUGUAUAUGUUAAAAUGUGUACAUACAUAGAUAAUAAACACCUAGACGAAGAUAAAACAAAUCUAUUCAUCACACUGCCCGAUGCGGGAAUCGAACUCACGACCCUCGGCGCAUCAGUCAGGGCCGCUAAUUACUGCUCCUUAGCCUGAGUUUCUCGCCGGAUCUUUAGUGGGUCGCGUUCCCGAUCCGGUGGUAGAUUAUGCGAAGCACGGCUCUUGCUAGGGCCAGUGUUAGAUCACACCCGGCUUGAGCCCCGUGAGCUCACCUACACGUCAAGGAGAAGCUGAUAUAGCCUCUCAAGGCUAUCGGCAUAGGUGGGGGAAAAAACUACACCACCGAGACAGUCUGAGAAACCUUCAAUAAGACCCGCUUGCAUGUAACACAUUCUGCAUACGAAUCGAUACGAUGACCUUACCGGGGAUUCCCCGUUUGCGAUCAUGGUCUUAGAUACAUCGAAUUCGAAACGCCAAAAGGGCUCCUUCAUAACGCGAUUCGAUGCCUUACCCUCUGAACAUACGGUUCAAUUCGUCUACUUGAGAAGCCACUCGCCGACUACCGAUGCUUCGUUCAAUGCUCGACGUAAUACAGUGAUAAUUGAAGACUUAAACAUUACAUCUCUACUUAAAAAAGAAACUUUAAUGUAUUAUGAAUAUAUUAUUUGUAAUAAGUUCUGUAUUUUCGGCAGUACAUACAUAUGUGCGCACAUUUUAUUUAUAUAUACUGGGUGUUAGGAGACCGCUUCCGAAAACGAAGACAGACGAUAGUACUAAUGACACCUUUGAUGAUGGGACGGAAAAAAUCAAUCCUGAUUUUUAAAAAAAAGCAUACUUUUAAAACGUUUUAUUAGCAUUAUUUACGCUCUAUCAUGUUAGUACAGCUAAAUGAAACGAUUGUUUCAUAAAAAAUACAUUACUUUACUUUAAAAAAAAAAAACCAGCAAUGAAACACAAAAUCCAAAACAGCUGAUGCUCGGGUCAAUGAACGUCCGGGCGCGGCGCUGAUACCGCGCUCCCCAAAUUUACAACUUUGUCGGUAAAAAAUAUUCGUUUUCAGAAGCGGUUUCCUAACACCCAGUAUAUAUUGCUAUAUCGAGAGGUAAAAGGCUAUUUGUAUUUAAGCGUAAUUUUCACAACAUUACAGAAAAGCCAUUUAAAGUUUAUUGGAAAAAAUAUCUUAACAAAAAGAAAAAAAAAACAUUUUCAGGUAUUCGAAUGGAGUAAACUCAAUUGAAGUUCGAUUAAAAACAUCAAACUGUUGAUGCUAAUGCCAAAUAAAACGGACCUUUAACUCUUCUCUCUUUUUCUCCACCUUAUCCCACUAGGUGGGGUCGGCACAGUUAAUUUUUCUCUUCUAUUAUCUUCUAUAAGCCGUCAUCUUAACACUCACUCCUCUCUCUCUCUAUCGUAUCGUCAUUCACACACUCCAUCCAUGUCCUCUUCGGUCGACCUCUUCCCCCUCUAAACGGACCUUUAAUUACAAAGAUAAAGUCGCUUAUACCACAUAACCUUUCACCCCUUGAUAUGUUACGUAUAUAUACUCACGUUACGUAUAUAUUUUUAUGUAAAUUUACAAUAAAUAAUAGUUCAAAUAUACAUAGAUUCUAAGAUUAAUGUUACGUACUUACGUAUUAAACUUUAAGGUUGUAUGCAAGAAUUAAGCUUGUGAUAAUAAAGUAGUAUUUCAAUGAAAUAUUUAGUUGGUGUUACAAUAAAUAUAAUGGGUUUAAGUUCGGCUAGCAUUCGCUCACACUAUAAGUGAAUCCUUCUAUCUCAUUCUCACUCAGGCUAAAUCCUAUACGUCUAUAUGUUUGUCUCUUUUUAGUGUCGUUUUAACGUCCAUUGCUGUUUUUUUUUUUUUACUGAACGCAUAUCGGCAAUGGAAUUCCAUGUAAAAUUUAAGCUCUAAAAUCCCGUAAACAUUUCAAUGCAAGCUCGUAAAUAUGAGCCUGUUAUAUAAAAGUAUAUUUAAAAUGCAAUUAGAACAUUAGUAUUGACUAGGAAAUUUUAAAAGCGAAAUCAAAAUUAACGUCCCUAUAAAAUAUUUUUACGUUCGUAUAAACGAUUCGAUAAAUAGAGUAAGAAUUAAUUUAAUUGAAUUGCGAUUAUUACAUUAAAAAUUGUAUAUUCGUCAGAAACUGCUUUAUUGUAAUGUAUCAUUAAUUGUGUAAAUAUCAAGGUGCAAAUUACACUCGCAGGCAAUGCUAGAAGUUCUCUGACUAUGAGUAACAAAAUAAAAAUCAUUUUUUUUGCAUUACGCAAUGUAAUUCAAUUAAAAAACAGCUGACACUUGAGGUCAACGCACUCUUGUGACUCUUCGCUUCAUUGCGUAACCUAUUUUAUUUCGCAAACAUACUGACUAUACAUAAUAUUUAUAUUAUUAUUAUUUAUUUAUUUAUUGCCCUUGUAGGCAGACUAGCAUCAGCCCACCUGAUGGUGAGUGGUUACCGUCGCCCAUGGACUUCAGCAAUGCCAGGUUCAGAGCCAAGCCGCUGCCUACCGGAUUAGUAAUUUCGUAGGCCUGUCAAAGUUAAUGACUAUUAUCUUAAGUUUCCAUAAUGUUUGACUAUAGUAUGGACGUGUAUAACUCCAAGUAACGUUUUUUUUUUUAACAUAUCCUUAAUCGUCAAUCUAAACUUCUAAAGCUAUCACUUUAGUGAUAAUAAAUUAUGAGUAUAAUUAAAAUUUAUUUUACGGGCGUUUAAAAUCGCGUUUUUUUUCUUCAUUAUCAUUAUUGUACUGUAUUAAAAUUAAUACAUAUAUUCAUAAUUUGUCACAAAAAUAUUUUUAUAUAUCACUUUUUGUGUGUAAACUUUACAUUACUCAUUAAUAUAUUAUGUCUAUAGUCUUUUUUGGACGAUGGGUUUUGUGUGUAUAUACAGUAUUCGUUGUAAAAAUACUUAUAUUCAAAUUGAAUUUUUAUUUUUUUGUUUUUUCGCCAAUCAAAGCGAUAUAAUAAAUUGCUUAUUUUUAUUUAAUAUCCAACCGGACCUAUAACAGAAUAUUAGCUCGUUCAAUUACUGUUUGCUUUUGUAACGACAAUUUAUUGAGUCAACCAACCGCAGCUUACGUGUAUGAAUUUACUGGUGGUAGGACCUCUUGUGAGUCCGCACGGGUGGGUACCACCGCCCUGCCAUUUCUGCCGUGAAGCAGCAAUUCGUUUCGGUUUGAAGGGCGGGGCAGCCAUUGUAACUAUACUGAGACCUUAGAACUCAUAUCUCAAGAUGAGUGGCGCAUUUACGUUGUAGGUAUUUAUGGGCUCCAGUAACCACUUAAUACCAGGUGGGCUGUGAGCUCCACACAUCUAAGCAAUAAUUUUUUUUUGUGUAUAUUAGCCCCAAAUGACGUCAUAAGUGACGUAACGCGACGUGCCAACAAAUUUUCGCGUGUGGACAGAGAAUUUCAGUUCCCUCUUCCACGCUUGCAUCUUAAUCCUAUUAUAUUAUAAUUAGCUGACCGAAAAAUUGGCAUUGAAUAUAUACAUUUAUUUUUGUCUCAAAUAUAUGUUACAUUGAAAAUUCUGGUGCGAAAAACUAAAAUGGUGAUGAAUGUGUUUUAUUAAAGAAUACGAAAACAAAUCAUUAUUUUUAUAUUCUACAUCACAAAGCCAUUAUUAAUAUUGGUUUAAAUGUUAUUCGUAAUUAUUAAGGUUUAAUAUGUACUUAUUUAGAAUGUAGUUGAAUAAAUGUUAGAAUCGGUUUAGUUUUUAUUGGUUGAAAUACGGCGAGGCUCAAAAAACAAGCGCGAAUCUACCCGCACGCUCUGGUACCGCAGUCUCUGUGCUUAGUGCGAGUUUUUAACGUUCUCGCUCGCGUAAAAGUUAACUCAAAUUCGUAUGGAGUUGGAGCAGCGCCCCUAGCGGCGAACGAAGGGAAGCUGUUCCAACUCCAUACGAAUUUGAGUUAGGUUUUACGCGAUCGAGAAGUUAAAAAACUCGCAAACGAAGGGUAGCUGUUCCAAUUGCAUACAAAUUUGAGUUAAUGUUUUACGCUAUGAAGAAGUUAAAAAACUCACACUAAGCACGCUGAGUAACUAAUGAUCUGUUAAAACGCAUACGUCAAAUUCAUUCACAAUCGUUACAUAAAUGUUUAACAUUUUGAGUGAGUGGAUUUUGAAAUUCCAAUUGAAGCCACUAGAGCCAAAGUAUUGAGGUAAUAAGUACGGAAGCCUUGAUUUCAGAGAUAUUUAAAAAAAAUAAUAUGCUUUCUGUUUUUCUCAUUAAAAUUGUAGUUUAUACAAUAUUUUGAAAGUUUAAAGAGGUGAUCUCUUUGGCUUUUAAUUUAUAAAAAUGCAAUCAUCGUCUAAAUUAUCUACUACAAAUAUAUCCUUACUUAAACAAACAAUAAUUAAAUUAUGCUUACUUCUUUAAUUUCGAUAUGUUGUCAACUAUUGCAUUGUUGUUUGUGCCUAUAAUCGAAAUAUCAGUGACCAAGUAUUUCUUGUCAAUUUGUCGAUAUUGAUAAUCACUUUGUUGGUACAACUAACUAAAUAAAUAAUGAAAUUUAAUCACAAUAUUCUCUUACUUGAUCAAUUAUUGCUAUUUAAUGAAUUCUUACCGCGAUUCCUGGUUUAAUGUGUAUAUUUUGUGGACACGAAAUCCAAUGGCAACCCCCAAAAAUAGACUAGAACGAGGGUAAACCGAUUUUUAUCUGCUCCUAAAAUAUCGCAGUCUUCAGUCUACCUGCAACCGUCGCGCUUGCAACGCGUCAAAUUAUUGAGAACUCUUUAAAUCCAACUACUGUGAUAAGAACCCCUUAAUGUUAGGGCUUAUAAAGCUCAUAAACGUAACAUGAAAUAGCACCAUCUUCGACCUGGUAACAGUAGCGCGUCCCAGUUAGUUAGCGACGGGGUAGCUAAUAAAAACGAAAUCUCAAUAUUUGAAGAUUAAUUUAACUGAAGGUGACAUGUGAUAGCCGUGUAGUCGAAAGACAACUACCCUACUUUCGCAUUUGUUGGUAACAAAUAAUAUAGAUAGCUCUUAUUUCAAUGCGGUUAGAGCUUAAAAUCAAACCUUGAGUUUUGAGUACUUAAUUCGUUACCAAGGAAAUUCAUUUUCCGAGUACCAGUGGCUGCAGAGUGCAGUGAAAUGUAUGUAAAAGGCUUAUUUUGUUUAAUUGAUUGCCUUGGACUGUAGAUGCAUCUUCAGCCACUAACACCGUUCUCCAAACACAUUGGUAUAGUCAGCUGUAGUGACAGAAAAUCCUCCAAAACUAAAACAUCUAAAAUUACACUACAAUUAAACUAGAUAUUAGUUUUAGUAUGCGUCCAGUGACGAACACAUAUUACACUUAAUUGAAUGCAUUUAACAUCACGACGCCAAAUAUGUUUAAACACUGAUGAAUCCCUAUAUUUUGGGUUAAUAUCGUUGUAACUGUUCUAUGUAUAAUAAAAGAAUACCGUUUAA